AUGAACCUCAAUUCUCCAUAUACACGAAGUAAUGGUGGUAACCAGCGGCACGUGGCAUCGACAACGUCCUCGUUUGCCGGUUCACCAAAUUCAUACCACCACCAUCACCACCACCGCCGCCAGAAUGAUGACAAUGAAUCGCUAUGUACACGGAACACCCAACAGUUUAGCUCUGACCCCUCUCUUCAUCCAUCACCUGUCGAGCCAAAGUUCAAAUUCAACCUUAGCACGAGUAAGAACAACAACGCAGUCAGUUUGGCCCACUUGUUAUCCAAUGAAGAGGACAAUAUAGAGGGCUUGUGGAAGAUGUACCGGAAGGCGAAGGACUCUUUACCUUAUAAAACCAGAAUGGAAAACUUGACGUGGAGAAUGAUGUAUUUGUCAAAUAGAGACUCCAGCAAGGGUGACAGUGUAAACGGUGACGGAAAUUUGAGUACAAGGUCGCAUUUGAAGCACGGAGAUGAUCGUCAUACGCCACACCCGUUUAAACCCACCACCAAUUCUACUCCAAACAUCAAACCUAAUAACAGCUCUUUCCAAAGUAAAAAGCCACAGCGCUGGGGCAAUAAUGACAAUUUCAACCACAACAAGAGUCUAAACAUCACGUCAGAUUGUUCCCGCCGGAUUAUGAAUAGCAACGCGACAUCUGAUCCAGGGGCAGAAGACUUUGAUUAUGUGGCUCAUAUAAGAAAAAUGGGGGCAAAUGGGCUACAUGCUAACGACGACUUUAAUUAUUUCCCAAAUCACCAAAGAAAGACUCAGGACGGUAUUGAUGAAGAAAACGACGACGACGAGGAAGAAGAAGACGAAGACGAAGACGAAGAAGAGGAAGAGGUAACUAUGGGAGGGAUGACUUCAAUAAGCAAUCUACCAAAGAAGCGCGCGGCCCAGUUCUCGCCAGAGAUGAAUGCAACGAAACCGCUUUCGCAAUUGUCUCAACAGUUGAACGACUUUCAUCAAAUAGACUUGUCUCAUUCUCAUGACGGCCACCACCACUUCCAUCAUGGCUUUUCCAGUCCUGCUAAUCAGCAGCUGCUGAGCUUUGCAACUUCAAAAAGAAACACUGACCAUCUGAUGGAUAUCCCUCAUAAUCAAGGGCAGUUCCAUAUACCUCCCCAAUCCACAUCUUUUGAGUUUUCAUUGGACCCCUUGGCUUUUGAAGGACCAAACACCAAUUUCCAGAGUCUCCAGCCGCACUCGUCUUUCCAAGACAGCAUCACUUCGUCGUACGAGCGACCUUUGUUUGAUGACUUUAUACAUACCCCUACUCACCAGAGCGCCACCGCCGCCUCUUCCGUGCCCACCAUUACCCCGUCCACGACUCAGUUUUCCACUUCGCUUCCGGUAUCCAACUUUUACCAUUCACGCAACCACGGCCAGUACCCACCAACUGAUACAGCGACCACCACAACGACGCCAUCGAACUUGUUGAGACAGGAAUCGCUUGCUUCGUUGCCUGAGUACAACUCGAUACAUGAGUUUCAAAGCAACGCCAAUAGCCGAUCAAGAACCCAAACCCCCGUUGGACAAAUGCUCAAAAAUAAGCACCCCAAUGAGUUUUUUUUGGACCCUCCGCGGCCGCCGAACAUGGGAGGUGAUGUGAAAUUCACGCUUCCAAGCCAGAACGAUGACAAGGUAGACCCUUUACUACGAGACAUUACCUCCUCGUCAAGCAAGAAAAGUAAGAAGCAGAAACCUGACAAGCAGCCCAGUAAUAAUCGACCGGGCAAAAAGGGGGGCAGUCCGCUGGAAGGGGUCAUUAGCUCGGGAUCUGGAUCAGGCGCAGGCGCAGCAUCAUUGUCUUCGUCAACAGGAGCGGCAAGCAACAACAACAACAACAACAACAACAACAACAAUACCGGAGUAUCGUGUUCCAACUGUCACACCAAAACAACUCCAUUAUGGCGAAGAAACCCUGAGGGCCAGCCAUUGUGUAAUGCCUGUGGACUAUUUUUGAAAUUGCAUGGAGUAGUGAGACCAUUGAGCUUAAAGACUGAUGUGAUUAAAAAGCGACAACGUGGUGGGGCCAGCUCUGAAUCUAAAUCCGCUGAAACUAACAACAACAACAACAACACUAACAGCGACAACCGGAAGGAAAGAGACGACGGCGAUGACCUCAAUCCCACGUCGUUUAAACGCGAGGACCGCAAACCAAUACCCUCGGGCUCGAUUACAAGAGGACCCUCGGCCGCCACGGGAGGAGUGCGAAAGGCAAGGCGACCAAGUAUGAAGAGGAACAAAUCAAGUACACGAGUAGCAGACACUAUUCUUGCCAAGACUGCAGACCCCACACCGUCAUCACUUCCAAUCUCAAUGACCUUUUCCGGAUUCAUGAGCCAGAACCAGAACCAGAACCAGAACCAGAACCAGAACCAGAACCAGAACCAGAGCAGCCUCAAUAACCCAACGCCACCACAUCACCAACACCAACACCACCAUCAUCUUCAUCUUCAACAUCAGCAUCCAUAUCAACUACAGCAACAACAACUUCCGGCGAAUAGCAACGAAACAUUUUUGAAAUCGUCCCCCUCGGUCAAACUAGACGACUUCAACACUUCAACCGUGACGACGCCCGUGAUGGGAUUCGGACCCAGUAUCACCGGAACACAUCGUUCGAGCCACGCGCACAACCACCUGAUGAUGAUGAUGAUGGACGACGACUUGGCUUCUCACUUGAGCGGCGGCACCAACCACGGCAACAAUGGCAGUGCCAACGGCACUGGCACCGGCGAGUGGGAUUGGUUGAGCAUGAACUACUGA